UUUACGUAGUAAAGCUGUCAGGUGGUAUUUUGUGGGUUAUUUUACAGUGCGGUGUUUUUAGUAGUAUAUAAACUGAGUUAUUGUGGUUCAGAGCUUUAUUAUUAUUUUUAUUAUUAUGGUGGGAUUUCCUCUCCGCUCUCUGACCCUGUGAUGUCAGGCUGUUUUCCUCUUCCUGUUUCUGCCCUGAACUAAAAGCCCAGCUCAGCUUUUAUAAAGAGUGUUCACCAUGCAUGAAUCAGUUACACUAUUCUGCUGCAAUUGUCGAUAAUAGUGCGGCAAAAUAUGACCUUUGAAAAUGCAUCCUGAACUUAAUGGUUUGGGGAACUCUGUAGUUACAUUAAAAAGAAGAUGGCAAAAGAGAGCAGGACACUGGAGAAGAAGCAGACACUAGGAACAGUGUAUAGAGCAAAUCUAAACAUUGCAUCUAAACCUUCCUCUUACAGACUCUCUGGAAUUACACUCUUAACAGAAGGACACGCUACAGAAUACCAGAUCAUGGGUAACUCCAUCCAGCCACUUAGUGUAAACGGCAAUGGGUUGAAGUCUGAGGCUAGCACUGCAAUCCAAACAUCCUCCAACAAUUCAUCCAAAAGCACUAUCUCAGAGUCUGGAAACACUGAUAAAAAUUUCAGAGGUGCUGGUGCUUCAGCUGGACAUCAGACCAUGGGUAUCUCCUGCCAGAUGAGCAGCAGUAAUGCUAAUAUGCUAAAAUCUGGAGCUAACAAUACAGAUGAAGUUCAAAAUACUUUUUCAGGACCUAGAGAUGGUGAAAACAAUUUCAGAGAAGCUGGAGCUGCUGAAAAACGCCAUAUUAUUGCCAGCUGCAACCAGCCAUUUAGCAGAAAUACUACUAGGUUGAACGCUGAAGCUAACCCAGCUAAUAUGGAUGAUAGCUAUCCAUCUUCUCUACGAUCCAGCUCCACCUGCACAUCUUAUAGCCUUGAAAUCAGCAUGUCUAUGACCAAUGACCAAAACCAGUCACAACCACUACCUUUACAAACACCUCCAGAGAGUAGAAACAACCAGAAUAAGCAGAUGAAUCUAUCUGUUCAUUCUGGAGAAACUAACCAAGCAGCUUCAGGAGGAAAUUUUUGCUCAAAAUCUGCUCAAAACCCUUUACAAAGAUGUGAUAGCCAACCUGCAGAGUUACCCAAGGCUAAGGUCAGUCAGUGCACAGACAUGCCAGGCAACUUUCAGAUUGUUACAUCGAAAAAUGAAUCUACUGUGGAGAAGGCUUUUUCAUCCAUCACUAGCAGCAACGGUAAGACAGGAGCACAACCAGUGUUACCAAGCCAUCCAUUGACUUCUAGAGCAGGUUCUGCAGAGUAUCCAAUGCAGAAUUCUGAACAGUUCAGCAGUUUUAGCAAAGAAAAGGCCAAUCCAGAAGAAGAGGAAGAUAUGUUCUAUGCUUUUGUGAUCCUACACGAUCAAGAGGACGACGAAGAAGCCGCAAGACUAAAGGCCAGGCUGGAGAAAAUAUCGUCAACACCUGGAGGAACUUUUGCUGAAGACUUUGCUAACCCUGGGCGCUCUACUUUCAGUUGUGUGGAGGACGCCAUCAACAACUCAGCCUUCAUCAUGCUGCUGCUAACGGCUAACUUCAACACUCGCUUGAAUGAGAUGAAUGCAGAUUCUGCCAUCAUGAACUCCAUCGUUAAAAUUCACAAGUACAACACAGUCAUCCCUCUGGUGCCCCGGGACAACAGCUUGACCAAUUCUGAAAUGCCCUUGGUUCUGAGAACUAAAGUUCAGAUGAAGGAAAGAGACAAUGCCUUUGAGUUAAAGGCUAAAAGGGUUCUGGAUCCAAGUAAAAUUCAGAAGCAGAAGCAGAUAUGGGAGCAGGAGCAACAGGUUAGGAAGCAGCAAGAAAAGCAACGGUUGCUAUCGGAAGAAAAUAGGCGCCACAUGGACUUAAUCAGAGAGACCAAGAGGGUCCAGGAGUUGGAGCGAAAGCUGAGGGAGUUGCAGUUGCAACAGCAGCAUCUUUCACAGCCUUCUGCCCCACAACCACAACACUUUCAUCCUUUUUCUGGACAAGCUCAGAGAUUUGGUUCUAUACAACCAGAGUGCCCAGAUCCAGCUCCAGCACCCCCACAUUACAGUGGGACUGGGUGGGCCCAGCCACCGUCCAACAUCCAUAUUGAGAAUGCAAAAUACAUCAUAGUUGGCAACAACUCCACCAUGACUGUUGGAGCCAGUGGGAACAACUCUGAUGAUGAGGACUAAAUUAAAUAAAAGAGAGAGUUUUAUUUUUUUUAUUUUAUUGCAGUUGUUUCCAGGUUGAACACGAUUUUUACUUCUGAUGUCAAGAUCCGAUUUGAUAUUGAAAAUUGAAUCUGUUAAAAUGUUCAUUUUAUAGAGCUGGAAUUGUGUACAAGACAGGGCUGUUUUUUAGGAAGCCUUUAGACACUAGACAGCAGUCUUGUGAAGUUAUGUUACAGUACUACACCACAUCAUAAUCCAUUUGGAAAAGUCUCAACUUUCAAAGUUUGCUGCUUGUUGCUAUGUCUCUUUGUUACUUGACGCUUGUUACUAAAGCAGGGCUACAAAUUGUAUUCUCUCAAAGGAAAUGACUGACUGCUUAUCACUCUGUUGUCUGGUAGCUUGAACAUGGGGUUGGACAUUGUCCAUUACAAAGAUAAUCUUUGUUAAAUGUAGCUACAGUAAAAGGACAACUGCUCUGUCUAUGUUUCUUUAUAACUCAAAGUACAAAAAGGACUUACUUUUAAGCAUACUUAAGUAUUCAUAACUGAUACACCACUGGUUUGACUCUAAAAAUGUUUGUGAUUCUGUUCUCCUCUGUUCUUCAGAUGUUCUCUAGUAGAUAUUGUAGGAUGUAUGGAUAAAGUUUCUCUAAUGUAUAACGUAACUUCAGAAACCAGUAAAUAUUUACUGGUUAUAAGCUAAGCCCCAAAAUUUUGGCCAUGGUCAAUUUCUGCCCACUAGUAAAAUCUCUCCCAUAAUGCGGUGCUAGCCAUCUGAGUGGGUGAAGGCUAAAGGGGGAGACUAAUGUAGUGUCAUUUGACACCUGAAUGCUUUUGAAUGAGAACACUAACAGAUGGACACUUUGGGUACUAUUGCAAUGUGUAUUGGUAGAGAGAGGGGGGGGGAGGGGGGGGGCAUCCUACUCACCCAAAAAAGGUCACGCUCUUUGAUUCUUGAAUUGACAGGGAUCAAACUUCACACUUAGAUGGUUGUGCCACUUUGGAAACUCAUUGUAAUUUGUUUUAUGUGGCAGUUUAGAAGGUUGUAAACUCCCAUGCAUAUUGCCAUUGCCAAUAGCAUGUCUCAGAAAGCAAAAAACAAAUUAGAUGCAAAAGAAAAAAAAAAGUGGUCUGAAACUCUUUUACUUUUUGGUCUGAAACUUUUUUACUGCUGAAUUCUGUCCAUAAAGCAAUAUUAGUUCAGUAUGGUCUCAGUCAUGGCUAUAAAUCAGUAUAUAUCAUUUAGCUUUACUUCGGGGACACCUGGAAAAAUCCAGCCCUUGCUGGAUGCAUUAAAUAUCUGCUUUCACAUAUAUAUGAUGUAUUUGUAGUCACAGAUCAUUUACAUGUUAUCUGAAGUACAUUUUGAUUAAUCUGUACCUUAAUCUGUAUAUUUUUGUUUUUAUUUGUGGGGAUAUGUGUUUCUCUCAUUGUUUACUCUAGGGCCUUAUUUACAGUAACAGUAAGUAAAACCACCACCACCAUGUUUGAAUGCUGUACUUUAGCUGUUUAUCUGCUGUAAAAUGGUGCUGUAUUACAAUCACUAAGAAUGUGAUUCUAAUAUUAUAGCAGUAAUAGUAUUAGCUCAGUCAUCGAACACACAUGCAAUGAAAAAAGCCAGUUUUGUUAUGCUUGCUACAUUGUACAAUUCUAUGGUUCUUCAUUGUGAACAAAUACAAAAUUAAGGAUGGUCUCACUUUAUUGGACCACUAUUGUGAAUCACUGUAAAGGACUGCAAAUUGCUAUUUCACUGUAAAUGCAGUUGUGAGUUUUAUGUUUGGUUAUUUUUCCGUUUUUGAGUGCACAAUGAUUAUUAAAUCAGUAAAUUGAAGAUGGAGAUGUUGUGGAAUGCACUUAUCAUUAAUAAAGUGAUUAUUUUGACAUUA